AUGUCCACCGGCUCAGUAAGCGAUGGCGAGGACAUUGAGACACGUCACAAACGGACAGACGCUCCGUUCGAAAGCAGUAAAACCAAACGGAACAUUGCACAGAACCACUACGCCUCCACCGAGUACUCAGAUGACGAGUUCGGUAACGACGGAGGUUACGAAGUCAAGACCAAGCGAACACGCAUCACUGCUGCUGGAGGGAAACAAGUUGUGAAAGGGCGGCAGAUACAAAGGAACGCUGCAAACGCCAGAGAGAGGGCGAGGAUGAGGGUGCUGAGCAAAGCGUUUUCCAGACUGAAGACAAGCCUGCCGUGGGUACCGGCCGAUACCAAACUGUCCAAACUGGACACGCUGCGACUAGCAUCUAGCUAUAUAUCACACCUCCGACAGGUACUACAAGACAACCACUACGAGAGCGGCUUUGUACACCCUGUCAACCUGACUUGGCCAUUUGUG